UCUCGGAGGGGUAAUGAUUUCUUUUAUUGUUGGCGGUGAGGGUGAGAGGAAGUGAUUUAAUUCAAUUCCUCUCUUCAUUGUGCUCGGAGGGUAUCUCGUGUAUAUAGUAAAAAUUUCAUACUAAUGACCUCCGAAACCCCUAUCCACGCCGAAGAGACGGCGGAGACGGCACCGCUACUUAGGCCGAAUACCUCCAAUGUCAGCAACGGCGUGCAAGUGAAUUCCAAUGGCACAUUUCCAGACUCCAGUAAAUCAGUCGUGAGCAUAAGUGCCACAGAAGACGUAGAAAACGGCCAAACCAGCGACUCCGACGGCGACGCGCCGAAAGAGGAUGCGCCAAAAUUGAAAGUUAACAUGAAGGCGCUGUUGCCGGCAUUAGCCAUUGGUAUCUUCCUCGUAGCAAUGGACCAAACCCUCACAAUAGCCACCUACGGAAAAAUCGGCAGCGACCUCAACGCAUUAAACUCCACAAGUUGGAUAUCAACAUCGUACUUCCUCACCCUAACCGCCUUCCAACCGCUCUACGGACGGUUAUCCGAUAUUUUCGGGCGUAAGGAAGCCCUACUUUUUGCUUACGCUGUGUUUGGUAUCGGAUGUCUGGGGUGUGGUCUAUCGCGGGAUAUACUGCAGUUAUGUAUCUCGCGCGCGGUGGCGGGGGUCGGAGGUGGGGGGAUGAAUGCCGUGGUUACGAUUCUUAUGACGGAUAUUGUCGCGCUUAGGGAUAGGGGCGUUUGGCAGGGGUAUAUUAAUAUCGUGUUCGCGAGCGGUAUGUCCUCCGGCGCACCUAUCGGUGGGCUUGUCGCUGAUAGUAUUGGAUGGCGGUGGGCGUUUGCCGGACAGUUCCCCAUCGCCAUGGUUGCGUGGCUCGCCGUAUUCUUCGUGCUAAAUUUGCCGAGGAUCGAUCAUAGUCAUUGGACUGCUAAGGUGCUUAGGAUUGAUUUCUUGGGCGCGUUUGUGUUGGUUGCGGCGGUUUUUGCGCUGUUGUUUGGACUGGAUAAUGGGAGUAAUGAGGGUUGGGAUAGGAGCUGGACCGUUGUGCCGUUGGCGCUGACGCCGUUGUUGUUUGGUCUGUUUUUGCUGAUUGAGACGAAAGUCGCGGCGGAGCCCUUUGCGCCUGGGCAUAUCAUCAUGGAUCCCCCAUUGCUUGCAGCGUAUGGAGCGAAUUUGUUCGGUGUCGCGGCGCAGAUUAGUGUGCCGUUCUUCCUUGCGCUGUUCUUCCAGGCUGCUAUGGGGUUGUCGGCGACUGUGUCAGGACUCUUGUUCUUGCCUAGCACGUUCUUUGGGCUGGCGGGUUCAUUGUCGGGAGGGUUGUUGAUGCGCCGGACGGGGAAAUAUUAUUGGCUCACGAUGUUCGGGUAUGGGAUUAUGGUUUUGAGUGUGGUGCCAAUGGUGAUGUUCACAGGCGCAGUAGCGAAAUCAACACUGGGGGUUGUUUUGGGUUCUUGUAUUCUGGCUUAUGGGUCCGGGAUGUCAAUAACAACAACCCUAAUCGCCAUAAUCGCUAACACAUCAACCCCCGACGUCGCCGUCGCCAUCGCGUGCUCAUACCUCUUCCGCUCUCUCGGCUCAUCUCUCGGCAUCAGCACAUCCACCGCUGUCCUGCAACAAGUCCUCCGCACCGGCCUCGCUGAAUCUCUAGGUGCGGACGGUGGUAGGGCGAAAGAGAUCGAGGAAGGAGUUCGCCAGAGUCUGGAUUAUAUCCGUGGGCUUGAACCGGCGGUUGCGGAGGUAGUCAGGGCGUGUUAUGCGGUUGCUGUACAGUGGGCUUAUGCCCCCGUCGCGAUUAUGGCGGUUAGUGCGCUAGCAGCGGCGGCGUUUGUUAGGGAGAAGAAGUUGGAGGGGCGCUAAACUAUCUGGUAGGGGUUCAGGGGGGCUUGAGUGGAAUAAGAUGAUCUAUAAUAAGGGAAGAGAUAGACACGGUUGACGCCGUUGUCUAGGUUUUGUUGAGAAGUUGAGCGUUUUAAAGCAUAUAAACUGGCCUUGGGGUGAGCGAAGUCAUAUUAGCAUUUUCAAACAAUUUAUACCAACAAACCAAGUUGUUUUACGAAGCUAGAAGUAAGCGGUUAAUAGAAAUCCAGUGGAAGGUAUUGAUACGAGUAAUAGUGUAAAGGACGAGACGAACGAGUUGAUAUAUGCCACGACUCCUCAAAUAUUACGGACAGUCGAUAUUCCGAG